AUUCGUGCUUACUCAUUAGAGCUUUUCUCCCUUGUCAUCAAAUUCUGCAGAACUAAUUUUUAUUGGCUUCGGUGGUUAUGCUCUAGUAAUUACACAAAAUAACGGCGAACGCAUUAUGAAUUCUGAAAAUAUCUUUCACAUUGAUGAAAACUUGGAAACAGUUUCGCAAUUAAACAUUGGUGCUAAUGUCAAGUCAUUGAGUUUACAUUCUAACAGAAUAAAACACCUGGAUGGCCUUCAAAAUGCUCUACAGCUCAAGAGUUUGGAUGUUUCUUCAAACCAGUUGGUGUGUAUGACUGGAUUGGCUCAUUUAUUCAAUCUCCGUUCAUUAAACCUUUCUUGCAAUUCCAUAUCAUCUGUUUAUGUUGAUGGGUUAACAAACUUAGUUGAAUUAAAUUUGUCAUAUAACAAAAUUGUGAUUCUAGAUUGUUUUGAUCAAUUUAAAGUACCUGAAUCAACUUUACAAGUACUGCUACUGCAUGGCAACAAUAUAUCAAAUCUUGAAACAGUUGUUCAAAAUUUGAAAGGAAUUUUAAGUUUGAAGCAUCUUGUGUUUAAGCUUGAUGGAGAUGAUGCAGGGAAUCCUGUGUGUCGGGAACCAGGUUACAGAGCGAGAAUGUUGAAUGAGUUACCUCAGCUUACUUCAUUAGAUCACAUUGAUAGAAAUGGUUGUAGUUCCAUGUAUGAUGUUCCUGUGUUUGUGUUCAAUUCUGAUGCGGAAUAUUUGCUUCAAUCAAGUGAAACUUCCCAAACAGAAAUUCCUGAUACCAUAAAUGUGGUUGAGAAACCGAGUAACAUCGAACCAUCAACCACAAUGUUGAACCAAUCAUCUGUGUUGACACCACAAUGUGAUGAACUUCCAACACCUCGUAUUAACCAAAUAUUACAAAAACGAAAAACUUCUAAAAUAUCUGAACUGCCUUCUCCUAUACAGUCAAAUACCAGUGAUGAUACUCAAGUGAAUGACAAGGAACAAAGAGAAGAUUCAGAAGUUUCCAACAAAGAAAAUGUUUCAAAAAUACCCUCAAAGAUUCCACAGAUCCAAGAUAAAGUAAAAUCACCUGCUACAAAAAGGCCAAGCAAGCAUCCUGUAAGGAAAAGAUUUACUCAUGUUCAACACAAACCAGCUGUUCCACAAAGAACAAAUGAAAAACAAACAUUCAUGCAUUUAAUAAAAGAAUUAGAAAAUGAGCGUGAACAGCGAUGGAAGGCUGAACAAGCAAGUGGGAAACUUGCUUCUGCUGUUCGUGAAAUGAACUCUGCUCAAGUUGAAGCUAAAUCGCUCCAAAACCUGGCAGCACAAACCACUGAAAGAUUGAAGCAAAUGCUACUUAAUCAAAAAGAAACAAAUCAACAAUUAAAAGACAACAAUGAAGAAUUAAAGGAAGAAUCUGAAGCGUUGAAUGUGAAGUUAGAAGCAGCUCAUGCAACUGUUGAAGAACAAAAGAAUGUAAUUCGGGUGCAUCAAAAGUCACUUUCGAAAUUAAAAGGUGACCUGGCUACUGUCACCAAAACCCAGGUGAAAAAGCUUCAAGUAAUGCAAAUGAAGUUGAAUGAAAUAACAAAAGAAUCAGAAGCAAAACAUGUUACUAAUAAACAACUUGAACAAAGUAUAAAGGAAUUACAAACAAUGAUGGUUGCUAAAGAUGAAAGUAUGAGGCAAGCCAUGAGUAACAAGAUAUCAAUUGAUAGCGCUGAGUUUCAACAUAUUGUUGCACAACGUGUUGCUCAAGAUGAGGAAAAACAUCAAAUCAACAUGCAGCAUAUGGAUGAUAAGAUAAAAACUUUACAACAAGAAUAUUUUCAACUUGAAAAUGAGUUUAGAGAAGCUUUACAUAUUGAAGCUGACAGAUAUAAUGAGGUAAACAACAAAUACGAAGUUGCCAAGUUAAAUGCUGAUAAAUAUCAACAAGUUUACCAAGCCAGCUGUGAAAAUGAAGAGAAAUCGAAACGUUUAAUUUCACAAAUGACGACAAUUAUUAAACAACAGAAAGUUAAAAUUGAAGAAAUGCUAAAAUCGAAAAGUGAAAUCAACAUCCAAUAUCAGUCCCAGUUUAAAUCUCUUGAGGCCUCAUUAGAAGCUGAAAGGCAACAAGUUUCACAACUUAAACAAGCAAACCAGGAUAGAUCUCGACUGCUGAGUCAAAACGUUGCGUUGCAAUCAUUAAUUGAUGGUUUACGUGAAGAGAGGAAGGUGUGGGGUGAGGAACUUGCUCAUCAAGGUUCAUCACUCGCACAAGAUCGCGGAAGAUUUGAGAUGAAAAUCGAAAGUUUGAACGCAGAAAUUUCAUCACUAAGAAAGAACAAUGAAAGAGAUCUUGAUUUGCUUCGAAUAAAAACAAAAGUUGUUGAUGAUCAAACAGAUACUAUUGUUAAAAUGAAAGAGGCACUUGUACAAAAAGAUAAUGAAGUUCGGGCAAAACUUGAUGAAAAUUUGCGACAUUUACAUGAAUUGGAACAACAAGUUGAUGACUUAACACAGGACAACGUUGCAUUAAAAGAACAAAAUGAUCAUUUAGUUAAUCGAAAAUUACAAUUGAAAGCGGAAAUUAAUGAACAAACACAAGAACUGACAACAUUAAAAGAUGAACAUAGACGUUUAAAGUCAAAAUGGUCGGACAAAGGCGAACUGCUUACUAAACUUGAAAUUCAAGUUAAGAAUAUAAACGUGGCUGCCAGGGAAAGAGAAAUGAAAUUAACCCAAGAAAAUCAGGAUGCAUUGGAAGCUAAGAGGCUACUAGAAGAUAGAAUAGCAAGAAUGGAUUCAACAUUCCAAGAACAACUAGAUACCAUACGUGUUUCACAUGAACAACAAAUCCACACUAUUCAACAACAACAUCAACUAGAAUUAGAUCGAUGCAACAAAAAGGUUCAUUCAGCUGAGGAGGAAAUGAGGGAAAUAUUACGCGAUGCUGAAAAUCAAAAGAAAAACAUGCAGAUGAAACUGUCUCAUAUAAAAAAUGAUUUUCACGAGUUAUUCGCGUAAACCCUUUUAGUUGCAUUUAUGUUAUUAUAUAUUAAACAAUACAACAACCAAAUUAUGUCUCAA